AUUUUCCGCCGGUCUUGCCGGAAAAAAUUCGAGACCACCGCAGGGACCGUUUCUUGAGUGUAUGAACCUUCUGCUGCGAAAAGAGCACCGGGCCGACAGCGCUCACAAAGAGGCGCCGUUCCGGAAAUAAAGAUGCACCGCAAGAGGAAGAGGCUUUCUUCUGGACACAGACACAAAGAAGAAGGCACCGGGAAAAGCAAAGCGUCAUCUUCGUACACAAAAAGAAAGAAGACCGAAGAUCUUGCCUCACAGAGCAGGUAUUGGUAUGAUAACGGCUACGCGCAACACCGCGAGGGCCAAGCACAGACAGCUGACUUUGUGUUUCUCCUUCUUCUUCUUCGAACAGCACAUGUACACUUUCGUUCCCUGUUUGUAGCGUGUUCUUCGCACUCUGUCCAGUGGAAAGGACAAAUUCGAGGAGGAAUGCUCUUUUUUGUCCCGCUACCCUUGGCUUUUUAGGCACUCACCUCUUCGUGGCUCGUCGCUGUUCACACAAGAAAAAUUGUGUAGACAUGUGUUUAGCGAAAGCAGCCUUGACAGCGCGCUGAUGCUUGCCGUCGAAUCUUGCAAUCGCUUGAAGCUCGAAACGAAGGAGGCUUAUGAGAAGGCUGUUCUGUUUUUUCCAUACGUUUGGGACUUCCCGUACAGACCAACCCCGGAUGAUGUACGCUUCUCCGUAUUCAGCCACAAUUUCCGGGAAAUUCUCGUCUUUCAAACACGUACCAGUGUGUACUUUCCAUGAAACGUUGGAGAAACACCGCGAGAAACACCCACGUGCUCUCGGUGCAUGUUCCUCUCUGUCCCUAUCGCCGGUGCUCUAACCUGUCAUCGUUUCGAAGAAAACAGGGUUUCGUCAGAUGCUCAAAUGUCCGCUUAUCUUUCGGCCCACCACGUCACACGAGUGCGCUUUUCUGAUAACAGAAAAACGCUGAAAUUUCAUCUGCACCAGGAAACGCGAGUGUGCUUCUCGCCGUGGUUCACUGGCAAACUCAACUGUUUGCCAGGGGACCCGAUAGGCCGUUAGACACGAUGAGUGGCCGAUUUUCACAACAAGAUCUCCGUCAUGUCGAGGCGUACUUGGAGUACAGAAAUAUUGUUGGAGACACCGACAACGGCGUCUUGUUAAGCCGUCAAGAGUACGAAGCGGUGCGGGAGCGUGCAGCGGCGGCGAGCAAGAAUCCUUUGCGAGUCAUUUGGAGGAACACCGUCAGCGGCCUGGACUGCCGGAAUGUGGGUCCGGCAUCUUCAUGUUUAUGCGGCCAUCGGCUGCGGGACCACGACUGGAUGGCGACUGAGACGAAAGCGGUGAAGUGCCGCAUGCAGGGGUGCAAAUGUCCGCUCUUCGAAUUCAUUCCGGUGAACGGCUCUCAAGACAUCAAAUGCAGAUGCAAGCACUCGUACCAAGAUCACGACGUGCUCUCAAGAAAAUGCAUGCGCUGUACCUUUCGACAAAAGAGCCCUGCCUUCUCCACAAAGCAAAAGGCCAUGAAGACGCAAACCACUUCCUCGACGCUGUGCACAGGAUUUCUGCCUUCCUACACUUGUUCGUGUGGGUCCGCGUACGCUGCCCACGAAACCGUUUUCGAAACAGCAAGCGAAGGGAGGAAACGAGGCGAGCCAGACGUCGGAGGAGCGACCAGCGCAGAUGCAGGCAGCUCUGCUUUCAUGGGCGGGAUAUCAGAUUUCACGAGUCUGCUGGACGGCAUGGACAGAAUGUCUCUCUUCUGUGACGAUCCACAGCGGCGCUUGAGAGACCAGCACGCAGGCGCGACACGGGCAGCACCAGGCGCAAAUGUCCCACUGAGCUGUGAAGAACGCAGGGCCUCUGAGCGAAACCUUUUACGCACAAAGGACUCGAAAAAGAGUGAUGAUGUUCUUUAUCUCCUUUUCACGCCUUGCUCUUUCAAGACGCCCGCGGCGAGGACUCAAGCCUGAGACUGACUGCAGGGAAAAGGACAACCCAUCAUAUUUUGCUUUUUUCUCUCCCCAGAAACUUGUGAAUUGGCAACGUCACUUGAUUCGCAUUCUGAAAAGAUGUAGAUUACGAUGUACAGUUACACAGCAAAUGGCACUGCAUCUAGCUACGUACGUAUUGGAAAAAUAAGGUGGAUAUACAAGUUUGCAUCCCCACACAGCCACAUAUAUAUAUAUAUAUAUAUCGGCGCGUAUUUGUAUGUUUCACAAUACUUGUUUUCUUCUUCCGAUCUGAGCGAUGCGGGGAAAAGCGGCGAGUCGUAGCCAGAGCACAAACAUAGCGAGUUCCAGACUGCAUGUUUCUCGCCUAGCGUUGAGAUAUUUUGGGAUGAUUCCACGCGUUCUGUUUUGUGAAGUACGUACGGCGUGAGCAUUUCCCGUUUCAGAUUUUAUCGAUUCACUCUUGAUAGAACGAUUCGUUUCUGCCGUAAAAACUGCGUACAUAUUGUGCUGAUGCAGGACCUGUUGCUACAUAAUAUAUGCUUCGUUCGCGCAUGUGUAGCCAGCGUUCUGUUUCCCCUCCGUACAAAAGUUCUUUUGCUUUCGCGUGCACUGCAGUUUCCUUUGCGAACUGUAUUCCCAAAGAUUCUGUGACGAACUGUGGGAACCUUUUCAGUGCUGAGCCCGCA